CGAAUUUGGUUCUUCACACCCUCACAUUAUCUCAUGGUCGUGAAAACGUGCAAAAUUUCAAUAAGCUAGCUUUUUAAUGCCUAAAGGAAAUCGAGGCAUAUCAUAUUUAGAAAAUAAUUUUAACGAGGUACGAGGCUUCUAAUCAAAGGUUCAUACUGGUUCACUCCAGGUUGAUUCAAAGAAAAGGAUAAAAGUUUGUGUGGCGUGACUGCAGGCUCAAAUGACUGCAGAUUCGAGCAAUCUUCAAGCCAUGUAAGGCACAAACAUGUUUAGUUCAGCUCCUGAGUCUACAGUGCUAGAAAAAUGCACGAUGCCUUUGAACAUGCUGUUAUAUUGGAGAAGCUUCCACUCCAAAUAGAGUGCAUUGCUACCUUUGGUAAGGAAUGAACGAGUUAAAAUGAAUAUACAGUUUUUGUUUCGUUCAUUUUUUCCAGUCUAAAAUGCUAAUAAGCUAUACUCUUACAUAAAUAGAAGUUACCCACUGAAUCAAUUUAUUUCAGGUUAGUUUUAUAUGAAAUAUCUCUUCUGAUCUGCAGUCUUUUUAUUUAAUACCAGUUUAUUAGUCAUUAUAUUAUUUUGGUAAUCAUGUUAGAUUUGGCUCAGUCCAUCAAGUAUCCGUCACCACAGAGAAUACUAAACCUGUUUAAGUCCGUCUUCAAAACAGUGCUGAAAUUCUUUAUCUGGGCCUCCACAUGUGCACCAGGAUUUGAGAACGCACCACGAGUGGCUUGUUAAAAAAGCCAUUGUCAACAUUGCGACACUGUAAGGACCUUGAGUUAGUGUCCUUAUUAGCAAGAGUUUUUUUUUUGUUUGGAAUUUAGCUGCUGUCUGUAUUAUCUGGGUGUACAUUAUAGCAGGAUGUCCACAAGGCGAGUGUUGACAGUAUUUGCCAAUAAGUAUGAAAGGAAAUUCGUAACGUUCUUCUAGAACUUUGUCGAGUCUGUUGGGGUUACGGAACAAGGAUCUCAGCACUGCUUCAGAGAUGUUUACUAUUGGAGGUUACAUUAAAUCUACAGUGUAAACUAUCCAUCAAGGGACAGAUAGGCUCAUUAAAUUAGUGGGAACUGAGUAUUUAUAGCACUAAUGCUAGUGGGGCCAAGCAAAUGCAUGAAACAGAUAGUUUAAAGAAUAAUAAUAAUAAUAAUAAUAAUAAUAACAAUAAUAAUAAUAAUAAUAAUAGUUAUUCAGCCAGGGUUAUCUCUGCAGCAUAAAAUGCUGCUAUCAAUGAGGGCCCUGGAAAAAAUAAAAUAAAAUAAUAUAUAUAUAUAUAUAACUAGCCUAAAUUACAGUAACUGAAAAUACACUAAAAGUUAAAAAUACAAGAAGAUUAAAAAAUUGUCUUAAAAAGCUAAAAUACAGCAAUUAAAAUGCAUUUAAAAGCUAAACUAAUACAAAAACUUAACAAGUAACUGAAAAUUUUUUGACCUAUAUAAUUCCAAAAUACGAGUUUUAAAAAUCACAGCUGACUCAGAAUCCUUCAUUUCACUUGCGACAUUAUUAAAAAGUACUAGAUCCAUUAAAAUAAAAAGACUUCCUUGCUGUCUCAGUUCUGACUUUGGGAGCAGCUAGUUGUGCCCAAGUAUGACAGGGUUAAGAAUGCCAACUGGCGGGAGGCAAACCAGUUAGCUAUUUAUAAGCAUGGCCGAGGAUUUGAACUCGGGACUACCAUGAACAAAUCCAGCAAGCGGUCAGGGCGGGACUUGAACUAGGGCCCUCUGAAUUACAAGUCUAACGCUCUAACCACUCGGCCACUCUGCCUUCUCAAGGUUUUAUUGUCUGGUAAGUAUGUUAAUGAAGUGGUCCAAAUCUGAGUUUUAUGUUCCUCUCUACUACAUGUAUAAAGCAACACUCUUUAGAUCACAGGUGGCCCAAGUGUAAUAUCCCCUCAGCAAUGUCUUACCCAAGAAGAGGACUCUUUUCCAAACAUUUUGCUCAAAGUUUAACGUUAGUGGCAGGGUCACCAGUUUUACCAAUUUAAGCAAUGGCAACGGCGACAGCUACAAGAACAGCAAAAAACAAUAGGUUUAUAAUAGCAAAACAAUUAGUUUGUACGUGCAUCAAUUUUUUAUACAUUUCUUAGCCGUUGCUACACAGCUGUGGCCUGAAACAUCCUAAUUUCACAUUUUGUGGAGUUUGUGAACACACAACAAGAGUUUUCUUUUUCUAAACAUAAACACUGUCCUUUUGAAUUCAACUCCAGAAGAAUUCCCCCAACAUUUGACAAAUUGAGUGGGAUGGAAUAAGAUUGAUGAAGUUUGAAACAGUAUGAUUAUGCGAAUUCACCUUUUAAGUGAUGUUUUUGCCGCUGUUCCUGUUGUUCAUUUAUUUAUAAGUAAACUCCCUUAUAUCAUUUUGUCAGUAAAGUCCCUACACUUUUGAUCUCCAUGCUAUGAUAGGGUCAACUGCACAUUCCCUUAAAUAGUAAAUUUUUUUAAUCCUGCUUGCUUAUACAUUGUUUCAAAAAAUAUAUAAAAUUCCAUUUAAUUUCAUGUAUUUUUUAGGUGACAAUCUUCUUGUGGGAACAAGACAGGGUCACUUGCUUCUAUAUGGAGUCAAAGAUGGCGCAGGUGAAGAAUAAUGCAUUAUAUUUGUAAAUCAUAGGCUUUAGACUGUGGUGAGAUGUGAAAUUAACAACUUCACUGCUUUUGCUCCUUACUAUCACCCCACGGGGGUACUCUGCAUUUCAAGUGACAGAGAUGUUUGAAUGGGGGCAAAAAUCAAAACCCAAAAAAUUCCCUUUGGCUUCAAACAAAACCCAAAAAGAUCCCUGGACCAAAAUUUAUCCCUCCAAAAAUCCCAUGCUGAAUUUCUGAGCCAUAAAAAAUUUCAGAAAGCAUUAAAUGGAAUAGCAUGAAAAAUAGUGACAUAAGUUUUGAGUGACCAAAAAAUCCGCUACUUGAAUUAAGAGCUCUACCCAAUAACUUACUUGCCAAAAUUUUCUCACCCCCAAAAAAUCCCAAAAUCAAAAAUUUGAAACCCAAAAAAAUCCUUUGAUUAUCCCUGUCAUGUGAAAUCUAGAGUUAAAUACUUGUACUGUCACACACUGGCCUUUUGAGGGAAUCCCCAUUUGAUCUUAAACAAUAUUUUGAGAUCCUUUUAUUCCCUUUUAUAAACACCUGACUUUUGCCUUCUCUUUUAGAGAAAAAAGAAUUAAUAUUGAUAUUUAGUUGAGCUUGCUUUAGCAGAGCGAGACUCAAAAAAUGCAAGCGUUUCUUUUUCCAUCCACAAAUUCUAUUGCUUGAAGAAUACUCAACCUCCGAUAAAGUAGGACUAGAAAAACUUUGAGCGAGAAAAUCCUGUUUCAUGUAGACAGUGUAGAAUUAAUCCCAUCAUCAUUUCUUACAUAAUCUCUAAGCAAGCUUGACUUAGCUCUGUUUAAAAGCGUCCUUGUUGAUUUAGCAGUGUCAAGUGUGCAAAGACCUAAAAGCUAAAUACCGUAAAUCCUCUAUUAAGAAGCCCCCCCUCGAAUAAGCCUCCCUCUAUGAUAAGCUCCCCUCCCCCCCACCUCUUUUCAGGGGAAGAAAGUUUAUUUUAAGGCCUACCCUCUCUUUUAAACUCCCCCUCCCCUCCGUUCUUAUUCUUCUCUACCAAAUUAAUAACAGAUGGACUGAUCCACUAUGGUUUAUCUGAUAUUCUGCAUAUGCUGGGAGUUCAGAUUUGUUUUGAUCUUUGGUUGCAAGACCUCUAACGUCACAUGCUUUAGCAUUUCCACUUUGUGUCUUAGUUCUUUAUGAAGAAUUGAUACCAUCUUCUGGUUCUUUGAAAAAUCAGUGUGGUGCUCCAUUUUGGUAAAUUAAUUAAGCCCCACCUUAAAAAGUGCUUGAAAUAAAUAAGCCCCCUCAAGGACUUAAUAGAGGAUUUAUGGUAAUUAGAUAAAUUGGUAUUUAGUGGUCAUCAUUUUUUGGAGUUAGUAACCAGUAACCAUUUUGGUUAUUGGGGACAAUUUUACUUUACUUUUGUGAGGGCAUUAUUUUAAAUUAUUCUGUUUACUUCACAAAUAGGUGAUAAUAGAUUUGAAGUUGAGUUGCGAAGCUCCAAUAAGUUGUUUUCAAAGAGGCCAAUCUUACAGGUAUAAAUGUACUUUAUGUUUUUCUUCUGGUGACGGUACAUGUACUUUAAUUCUCUGUUUACUGAAUCUACCUUUAAGAUGGUAAUACUGUUACUAUACUGUACACUCAAAACCUUCGUUAUGGGCAACUGUUUAAUACCAAAUAUUAGUUUUCUUUGUCCCUGGGGAAAGCCCUCACAUUUUCAUUAAAUUCAACCAGCUUAAUACGGACACCUGUUAAUUUGCAUUGUAGACAACAGACACUUGUUUCUUGCCCAAUCAAAAAAUUCUUAUAGAAAGUCAACCUCACUAAUGUGGACACUUCUGUGUCAAAUGUGUGCCAUAAUAAACCUUCCUUUUUGAAGUUACAAAAAACUUCAGUUGAUCAAGCAUGUCGAUGUUGCUAGCGCUAAAGUACACUAAGGAGGAUAUUUUUUUAGAUCAAUUUUGGACAAUAAUGGCAUCAAACAAGUUAUGCAGAGACUGGUUAUUGAUUAAGAAAUGUAUAAAUGAGCAAUUUUUGAGUGUUUCCAUAGACAUCGAAAGAUGGCAUUUGUGACAGUUAGAUAGGUAUUUGCUAGUGUCCUGUGUUACUUGUUUAGUAUUUUGCCCAGAGUAGUGAUAAAAAUCAGUAGCAAUCAAGUGAUUUUUAUUGAUUGAUAGUGGAAGUCGGUGAAAAUCGAUAAACAAAAUUGUCAAAUUGGUAUUAUCGACUUUCAUGAUUGUAACUAUUUUUAACGUAAGUCUGCCUUUGUUGAUUUUUGGCAUAAGUUAGAUAGUACAGCUGAGAAAACACAUCCACAAGUAAAACUGAUCAACAAACUUGAAAAUGAGAAAUGUGGAAACUACAGUGUAUGACACACACAAUUUUCCCUCAAAAACCCUUUAUUUUGUACAAAAUAACAGAAACAGUUCCGUUUAAUAAUUUCAGCUACAAGGCAAGCAUCAUGCCAAGAGAAAUUAAUAAAACCUUAGAUAAAGAUUUCCUAGCCUGAAUUUCAGGCUAAACGAUUUCCUUAGAUAGGUUUUCACUAUUUUCUGUUAUCAAUCGAUAAAAAUCACUUAAUUGCUGACAAUUUUUUUUUAUUUCGAUACCAACGAUAUUUUAAGAGGGUGGUAGAUCUAAGUCGUGAAAAACUGGGCGCCUACAAACCUGGCCAAUAAUUAUUAGUCACCAGAAAAAGAUUUUAAACCUGGUUUUAACGAAAAGAUAAGAUUUUUUAAUGAUUCUUUUUUAAAAAGUUAUAAUAAUAUUGUUUGAUCCUUUGACUCUCAAUUGCAACUCAAUUGCCAACAAAUUCACUGUUUGCUUGAUUCAGUUUUCAUUGCAUCGGAUGAACAGAUUUAUCUUCUCAUAUAAAUUCAUGAAAUCACUAAAAAUCAAGAUAAGUCGAUGACCAAAACGAGUGUGUCAUCAAUUUCCAUCGAUUGAUCAAUACAAUCGAUAUCAGUCAAAUCAGAUUUACUGGUUUUUAUUGAUUUAUCGAUUCAUCAAUCGAUACAGAUUUUUAUUGAUUGACUACUCUGGGUAUUUUGUUCAUUACAAAUAAAAGUUCUAUUUUUUACUUAAAUAACCUGACCCAUGUAAUGCAGAUAAUAUAGCCCCCUUAGUGUCCGUAGUUGACUGUUUGCAAUUUUUAUGUUGCAGUUAGCUGUUGUCGAACAACUAAAUUUGCUGAUUAGUUUAUCAGGUGGGUAACCCUGUGCCAUGAGCAGUCAUUUCAUUUUUAUUUUAUUUUCCAUGUGGACAGGCAGACUAGAGCAAACCUAUGACCCCAUCAAUGCCCAUCAUUUCAGUCAAAACGUGCAUUCGUUCUCUUCACAAAGGCAAGAUGGGAAGCUGCAAAGAUGUAGAGCAAAAAUUGAAAUUUCAAAUUGGCACUCUUAAUCCCCUCUAAUUGUCAAUGAAUACUUUUCAUUGAACUAAUUCAGGGUUUGCAUAGUCUUGAAAAGUCCUUGAAUUCCAUUUUUCCUUGAAAAGUCCUUAAAUUUCUAUGCAAGUCCUUGAAAAGUUGUUAAAGUUUCUUCAACUUUGAAUGUAGGGGCCUGGAAAGUGUUUUUUGAUGCUUUUUGGUUGUCCAAGACAGAAUAUGAAUCAUAGCUCAGAGAAUUAAAAGGUUAUUUGUAACACAAAGUGCGCAAUGUUUUAUGCAAUAAUUAUAGCGGAACUCCAUGCGCGCGUGUGCGGAGUGCCAUAGCUAUUAAGUAAAUCUACCCAUCCUAGAAAAAAUGUAAUCAUGUGACCGUACACUGCCCACACGGCUGACCGUCCAUCCGCAUCACAGGCUUACCAAUGUAAAAUAACGCAUACAACAGGUAUGGCAACCCAAAUGCAACUAGAGGUUAUUUUGGCAGGAAAUUGCUUAGCCACCCGCAUCUUGUAAAGCAGAGACAACUAUAAAGAGUCAAUAAAGACGAAAACGGAAAGCGGAAAUUGUUUCUGUACCCGUGUUGUCUAAAGUAUUAAGCUUAGAUUAAUAAAUUGUCAUGUCCACAAAUUUCGAACAUAGAGCAAGAGAAAGACAGCAGGCCAGUGAAGCUCAACGAGAAAAAAAAACCAAGGAGACAUUAGGGCCAUUUAUACGAGGAAAAAUAAGACGCGUCUUACAUAAGACGCAAACUUUCCGUAUAAACGGCACAUUUCGUCUAAAAUAAGACGCGGCUUAGCUAAGACGCAUCUUAUUAGAUAAGACAUGCUCGUAUAAAUGGUACAGUUUGCGUCUUAUUUUUCCUCACUUAAAUGGCCCUAUUGUUUUGUUGGAAGAACAACAUGAAAACUUUGUAGCAGCCGUGACAAAAUGAGAAAUGCUAGCAGCCACCAAUGCAAGGUGAAAAUGAGUGGCAGUGAAGAAAAGUGAACAAGAACACGUAUUAGAUUUCCGCCAAAAAAUGUGUAACUAAAAAGUUUCUGGAAAUUUCACGUUGUAGCCGUGCAAAACAAUGGCAAAGAAAUGUACAAAAAAGUAUACUGCACAUGCAAAGUUGCUUUUUUUGCUAGUUAGAUCUAUUGUUGUUUUUCACCGUUUUCCGGCGUUGACCUAGCUUGCUGCUUAGCAUUACAAGAUUUUAUAUUUUGUUUGAGCAAACUUUAAAUAUUAUCAAGAGCUCCGCUGUUAGCCCUGGCUAAAUCUAUAGUAUUAUAUUGAUUAACUAUCAAUUUAAGACAAGGGAACUGAAAAAUGUAGAGAAGAUGGUGAAGCAAAUAGUUCAUAUUUUCAUUGUUGCAUUUUUGUAGAAUCUUUGAAAUUAUAUUCCUACUAGGUGGUCCUUGAAAAUCUAAUGGGGUCCUUGAAAAGUCCUUGAAAAAUGGUUGCAAUUUUUUCUGAUUAAUGCUCUUUAUCAAGGGCCAGCACUAAAAACGCCAGCAUCGUAAUCCCCCUAUGUUGUCUUAUCUACUUUGUCAACUUAGCUGAUAAAAACAAUUUUUUGCUCUCAUUUCAAACUAAAUGUCUAACAAGGAAUUCUUCUCAUCAAUCAACAUUGACAUGCCACUGUACUUAAAGCCUGAAUUCCGUCCAGUAAUUCACAAUCAAACUCGUCCCUUUCAAGCAAAUGCAGAUGUACAGUAGUAUCCUUAUUUCUUGAAUGGUUCAGUUUUUUAAAUUUUUGGUAAUUAUUUUGAAGUAAAACUGCUGGGGUGUCACUGUAAUUUUACAGUGUUCAAAUUUCCUGAUUUUUCGUGACAAUUUGUUUUUCCCAAUGUGGAUUGAAAAAUGGGGAUGACACUAAGUAGAAAUUUGCUGUUUUUCUUUGUGAUAAUGAAUACAUCAAAACAUAAAACAAUACAUCAAAAUACAUCAUAAAUAUUACUUCAAAACGUGCUCAAUACCAAGCAAUAAUUGAUUGAUUGUUUAUUAAAACUGCAUUUAUUCGUAUUGAUCAUAGCAGCUCUCCUGGUUUCCCUGUUAAGGCAACAGAAAUAAUGUCCCCUCCCACACAAUAAAAUGCAUGCCACUGAAUGUUUCAUGAGUUAUGCUAAAAGAAGGAAGAUAGAAACAUAGGGUAAAUUUUGCACAAAUGCACAUAGCUUACCAACGACUUACCUUUUUGCAGCUUAGACUGCCCAGUUAUACAUGAAAUGUGAAUUUGUACUCUUCAUUACACUUUAUCCCAAAGUUGACUGACACUGUUUUUGUCUCCAGAUGCUGUGAUAAGUGUUCAUAACUUGGAAACAUUUGCUCUCAAGUUUACUUUGCACAAAACAAAAGGAGCCACAGUUUUUGCUGUCAGUAUUAAGGUUUGUUUUGAUUGUAUAAAUAUUAUAUUAUUUUAAUGACCAACUUUGAUGUUGUUCAACAUAUAUCAUUAAGGUAUGUAAUCAAAGCGACCCCUUUGCGUAAGCGGCCACCUCCUGUAAAGCAACCACUUUGUAAAUGACUGUUUUGUUCCUCAGUUAAAUACUGUUUCAAAAACUCUCUGUCACAAGCGAGCACUACUAAAUUUCUUAAAUGACUGAAAUAUUCUUUUGUUUUCUGUUUCUGGUGAGCGACCACCAGCCAUGAUCACCUAUGAUUGUAACAAAACCAUUCUCGAAUGGCACAAAAGUUGUGACCAAGCAUGCUGACAGAUUAUAGCGUUUGAUGUAGAAAAAAGGCUGUAAUUAGAUCUGUGGAUAAAAACGUGGAUUAGCCAUUAUCACACAGAUGGAUAAUCCAUCUUCAAAGUCUGUCAAAAUUGACAGAUAAACAGAUAGUUAAAGUCAGACAUUAUUUGUCCAAAAUAAAAAUCGUUCCAUUUUCACAUUAAGACAGAUUGUUUGUCUUACACACAUUAUCCAAUGGAUAACCUGUCGGAGACAGAUAAUCUGUCUCUAGUGUGGAAAUGGCUAUUGUUACAUUGAUGCAAAAUGUUAUGUAAAAAGGUUUAACAGUUCUGAGCACUACACUAUGUAAAACUUUAUGCAUUUGCCAGUCAUCUAUUUGACUAUUGAAUUUUAACUUGUAAGGUCAAUAGAUAAACUGUUAAUCAUGUAAUUACAUUAAUCAGUUCUGUUUGACCUUAUUUUCAUGAUUUUUCUUGACCACCCUUCAUUAUAAGCGACUUUGUUAAGCAUCAAGAGUACCAGUGUUGGCUUAUGAGAGUUGACUGUAUUCUACCAGAUGUGACUAUCCAAUGACAUCAAUGAAAUCAAUGAGUAAUCAAUAAGUAAUCGAUGGGUAAUCAGUUGAUUAGUCAUUUAGUCAUUCUUUAGCGUCAUUCAUAUUAUUUGUAUUUCUUUAUUUUAUUUAAAUAGGAGAGAAAACAGUCAUCAGUAUUUGGUAUGUUGUUCUCUUGUUGCUACAUAGCUUCUCUUGACUAUAAGUUGUUUUGUUCCCAUUUUUGUAUUUGAGGGGACCAAGUUUUUGUGGUGUUUAGAGGUUAACUUGCUGAAAUUCAAACCUCCAGGGCAUGGUUGCCAAGCACAGCCAGAGGUUUCUGAAAUUCCUGACUUUUUGCCUGACAAAUGUAAAAUUUCCCUGACUAACUGAAUUAACAGUUGCACAAAUAAUCCCUGAUAAUGGACUCAACUCUCCCCUCACAGCCAUAUCCUUCACCCUUGUAUUUAUGCUUUUGGCAAGUCACAUGCAGUGUACAUGAAUUCAUACACUAAGGCCAUUUAUACAAGGGAAAAUAAGACGCAAACUGUACCAUUUAUACGAGCAUGUGUAAUCUAAAACGAAAACAGCUCGUAUAAAUGGUUCUCAUCUUAUUUCUGCUCUUGACUUGGUUUUAUGUGAAUGUUGCCCAUAGCAACGGCAAUCCAACAUUGUGUACUUACUCUGCAUUUCUGUCUUAUAUAAGACGUGAAGGUCAUUUAUGCAAAGUUUUUCUUGUCUUAGCUAAGACACAUCUCAUCUAAGGUGUUAAGGGCUGUUGUUAAAAUAAGAUGCGUCUUAGCUAAAGUCGCAUCUUAUUUUAGACAAAACGUGCCAUUUAUACAGAAAGUUUGCGUCUGAUUUAAGACACGUCUUAUUUUUUUUCUCAUAUAAAUGGCCUUACUGUAGUUCCUUAACUUAACAUGUAAAAAGUAUUGACUUUCUUGAAAACCCAACAUCAACUAUUCGUUCAAUUUCAUGAAUGAUAUUCUACCAAAUUGAAUACAAUAUGAUUCAUGUCUGUUAAAUGUACAAAAGAUUUCUAAAUGUUAGAAAACAAUAAAAGUAGAGGGAAAAGAAUAAAUAUGUACAUGUGCUCCUAAAAUUUCGCUUUUCCCUGACUUCUUUCAAAGACUAAAAUUUUCCUUGACUCGAAGUGAAAUUUUCUGAAUUUUCCCCGACCUUGAAGAAUUUUUUCCCUGACCAUUUUCUCACCUGUGGCAACCAUGCAUAGGCUUUUCUUUGUAAAAUUUGGAAACAUAUGCAUUUUCUAAUUCACUGUGGCCUGUUGAAGAUGAAAUGGCUGGUUAAACCAAACUGAAUUUGUAUUAUUUAAGCAGUAAAAUUAGGAGAAAGGUUAAUGCAUUAUGAUAUCAAUAAUCAUGAUACUGCCAAAUUAUCAUGGGAAAACAUUCAAAUGCCCUUCAAAACUACCCUUUUUAGUCGAGCUUGCAUAGCAGCAAGACUCAGCGAUUUUUUUUCUUCACAUUUAGUCUACAAAAGGGGUUCAUGGUCACAGAUGACACUCAUAGUGUAUCUCCUUGUGUGAUAAUUCAUUGUUUGUUUGAGUCGUUGAUACAGUUAAACAUUUUUCAUGUUAGCUUGGCAUAAUCAAGAUCUCAUCUUUUGUUCUUAGAUCCUUCUCCACCUCUUGAAUUGAAGUUAUGUGUAGCAGUGAAAAGAAAGUUACAAGUAAGAGUUACAUUUUCUUGUAAUGUCAACAGGGGAUUGUGUACUGUACUGUGGACAUCCCUGUAGAGCAGAUACCUGUAGUGCAGGCACUUAGUUACAAUGUAUGUUCCAUCAAAUGAGGGGUCUUAUUUACUAGAUAUCCUAACAAUUAUUAUAUAUUGAGGAAAAAGAAAUUUUAACCAGUUUUGACAUGGGUUCUUUUGUAAACAUUUAUUGGACAAUGAUUAAACUGUAUGCAAUUUUCUUAAUUCCUAGCUUUUUAACUGGAGAAAUGGAGAGUUUCAAGAAGGUGAAGACCUAUUAUUACCAGAUGUUGCCAGAUCUGUUGUAUGGACAAAAGAAUCUCUCUGUGUUGGUUUCAAAAGAGAAUACUCACUUAUAAAGGUAUUAUGUGUAUGACUGUGUAAUCUAAUAGUGACACGUGAAAUUAGGCAAUAAUUUCAUGUGCUAAUUUGUCCUUAUUAUCAGUCAUUAAAUUUGUACAAAAUGCAAGUGAAAUUACUCCCAAAUUUCAUGAGUAUACCAUUUUGAUUACCUAUUAAUUUCAUGGGCGACAAAUCACGCUAAAAAAAAUUAAUCGUUGGUUUUUGACAUGUCUAUUGUAUCGCUCUCCAUUCACUGAAAAGUUAAGAGCUUAAAUUUUGUCUUAAAUUUAUAAUUUUCACAAUUUUCAACGAAAUGCCUGACAGAAUCCUUCUUGAUGUGUUCUUUCUUGUGUUUAGGUUUUCUAAAACAUCUUUGUUCUUAAUAUUUCAAAACCUUGUUGCCAUCUUGGCUCUGAGAUGUACAGAAGUUGCCAAUUGGUAAUUUUGUAAUUUCACAUGUGAAAUAUUUUACAAAUUAACACUGAAAUUGUGCCAAAAUUAAGGAGCAAUUUGUCACCCAUGAUGUUAGUGGUUUAAUUCCUGGAUAAUUAUAUUUAACAAUUAAUGAAUGAGGCUGAGUAUCUUAUGAAGAAUUAUGGAGGUCGAGGAGGGUGUUAUCCGUCGAGGCUGUAGGUCAAGGCAGAUAACACCUUCCGAGAUCUCCAUCAUUUUUCAUAUGAUACGAAAGCCGAAUUCAAUAAUUGUUUUAUUAUUCAUUCAAAAUAAUUCCUUGUUUAAAAACAUGGCUAAAACAUGCUUACCUCCAUCGAUCCAUCGAUGUUAAGUUCAUCUUCGAUAGUGCACAUUUAGGUUUGUCCAGCUCCGCAAAUAUUCUCCAAAUAGCAGAUGUUGCCCUUCGAGUUGUCUUCUUGCUGUUCUUGCCACGUUUUUUGCUAUUUUUCGCCUAGUUCUUACUCUUGAAACGAGUGAAAUGUCCGCCAUUUUUCAAGUUCACAACAAAAACAACUCAACCUCGUGCCCAGGUCUUCCCGGUUAACGGUGCCUUAACCUGCAAAAAUGCUGCAUUUUUUAGGUCAUUUCCUCGUUAAACGCAAAAUUCUUCCAAAUUUGGUCAUCAUUAACUGGUUAUGGUGAAUUAAACUUGUGCUUUCAGCCAAUCCGAAUUGGGAAGAUAUUUUGAAUGAAUAAUAAUAGCCAUUAUAGAAUUCAUUCAACAGUAGAAAAUCAAAAAUAGUGAUCUAUGCACAGGGAAGGAAAGGGUGCAAUUAUUAGGAAAGUGUGGGAGUCAUCACAUAAACAUGGUAGUCAUGCUGGCCCAAAAUGUGAGGUGGGUUUUGUUAUUUGUCCAUAGCACUUAAAAAACUGUUUUGGGAAUAGCAGUUAACAGCUUCUCCUUCCCCUCUGUGUGAAAGAGGAUUUGAUACAAUAAUUUUAUGUUUAAGGAAGACUUAAUGGAAAAUAAAAUGUUGUGCAGUUAAGUGUUUCUGGUUACUUAAUUGUGUCUUCAUAUCGCAACUUUACAUGUAUCAUUUUUAAAUAAGAAAUACAAACAGACUUACAGGUUGUAGCUUUCCAUGUAUUUUUUUUGUAGUUAUUGCAUGCAUGUGUGGAUAUACAUGUAUAUUUGACUCCCAAUAACUCAAACCUUAUACGGAAACGAAAAUUACUUUGAGUUAACAGGAGGUUUGAGUUAUCAAGGGUCCAACACUAAAAUGUAUGAAGGAAAUCCUGGGGAAAUCGACUUUGGUUUGAGUUAGCGAAGGUUUGAGUUAUCAGGAUUCAACCGUAUCCUCAAGGUUUUGCAGUUCAAGUAUGCAAAAUUAUAACACGUUUUUUAUUUAUUCAUUUACUUUUUAAUGUAGACUAACACAGGUACGCAGACUGAACUGUUUUCAACUGGACGACAUUUGGAACCUACAAUUGCUACUUUACCAAGUGGAGAACUUAUCUUAUGUCGUGAUGACAUGAGUAUCAUUACUGACAGCGAGGGGAAAAAAACACAGAAACAAACAUUGACUUGGUCAGACACACCAACAGCAUUAGGUAAGAUCAGACCUGGUAAUGUUAUAAUUCAAUAGUAAGGGCUGUUUAAUAUACAUUUUACAAUAACUGAGCAAUUUCUUGCUCACUGAUUGGUUUUAGAGGCAAACUCUAUGGUGGAAAAGAGUCUAUAGGCCAUGAAAAUUUUGUCAUGGUGGUACAAUUUGUAUCUCUUUGUUGUGUGUGAUUUCCGAUUUUUUGGGGAUAAUAAUUUACUUCCAUGAUUGCUCCAAAUCAGAAUACUAUGUCUUUUAAAACUUUUUUUCAGACUAUGUGGAGCCAUAUGUCAUUGGUCUACUUCCUCGCUAUGUUGAAAUACGAACAAUCAGUCCACGUGCCCUCAUUCAAAGCAUUGAACUUUCUAAACCAAGGUAUAUUACUCAAGGCAAGCACAUGUAUGUGGCAUCCACAAGCCAUGUCUGGAGACUUAUUCCUGUCUCCAUACCUAUGCAGAUACAGCAACUAUUACAGGACAAGCAGUUUAGUCUUGCUCUUAUGUUGGCAGUAAGUAGACAAUGCUUUUUAAACUAUGUUUUGUUGUUGUCACAAAAUGUUUAAGCCCUCAUCAUUACAUCUUGAGUGUGUCACUCACCCUGAUGUUAAUAAUAUUUUAUUAAUUUUCAUACAAAAAAUUGCAAGCAAGGCAAACCUUUGUUUGUGAAAAAUACUAAAAGAUAUAAAAAGAGUUUUUGACUGAGAUCUAGGGUAUCAGAAUUCUUUACCAGGGAAGUGUACAUUAAUUUUAUACCAGUUUUUUCAGUCUAAUCACUUCAGAGUUUGAACUUGAUUUGUUCUUAUAACUCUCACAUGUAAACAACAGAAAGAAAUGUGAUCAUGUGUGGUCACGAUUUAAGUUGUGACCUAAAUAACAGUUUAGUACCCAAAACACCUACCUGUUUCAGGUUGUUUGAACUUAAAAAAAAAAAAGAAAACAAAUUAUAUUUGAGAUACAGGAUGAUGUACUUUAUAAACUGUUCUAAAAAUGCCGUCUAGAAUAUUGAAUGAUACAGUCAAACCUGGCCCACUUUAUGGACACCCUCUUAAUUUGGACAACUCAUUAUUACAAACAGUUUACUUUGUCCCUGGGGAAAGAAAGCCCCUACAUUUUCUCUAAAUUCAACCUGCUUAAUAUGGAUUCCCUGUUAAUUUUGUCAUUUUCUAUGUCCCUCUCAGUGUCUGUAUUAAGAGAGUUUGACUGUAGUAUUGUUGAUUUCUCCUUGAUAUAUAAACCAACCUUUUUACGUAUUUAAAAAGGCUGGAUUCUUCCUCUUCAAAUGAGAAAGUUUAGCCCUUGCUCAUGUUGCUAUUUUUUGGAUUUCCCUCCUCUCUAAAACGUUAGCCCUACCCUCCCUUCCAUUAAAAAUGUAAACCUUUCCUAAUCUGACUAAAAGUGAAAAAUUGAUGGAAAAUGAAAGUUAGUAUUGUUAAAUAAAUUUGAUAUCAUUUGCUUCUGGUAGCAUAAAGAUCAAUGCAUCGUUUGUUUUCUGAACAGGAUAUGGUUGUUGAACCUGAGGAAGAGAAAGCAAAACGUAAGGAGAGUAUUCAGAACCUGUUUGCCUUUGAUAUGUUCUGUCAGAAGCGAUUUGAUGACUCUUUACAGCUCUUUGCCCAGUUGGAGACAGGUUAGUAAAAUAAAACUGAUUGAUUGAUGUUCUCAUUAUCUGUCAGAAGCAAUAUUGUAAGUUGUACAAUGCUAGGGUGGUAGACAUUGGAGAUAGAGGGUACAGGUGUAAUAAAGGGGUAAAAGGAAGUUUUGAUAUUGAGACAGAUUUCUUAACUGUGCAUGUAAGUGCCUCUUUCAAGGCAGCCAUGAUGAAUAAUUUAGAAUGACUGAAUUUUACUCUACAUUUGCUGUAUUUCUCUUGAAGGGUUUGUUUGUUGGUAUUUCCAAUUAAAUUAUUGUCCAAUUUUGCAUUAGAUCAUAUAUUUGAAUGCUAUUUUGCACCUAAUAAAUAAAAAAUAUUAUAUUAUUAUAUUAUAUCCAAUUUUCAUUACACUGAAUAGGAUCAUGCAAGAUUCCCUUGAUCAUGAGUGAAAAAUAAAUUCAAAUUCUAGCAAGAAUAUUUACUACUUACAGCAGGUUGAGAGUAUAAUAAUUACUGUUACAUUGUGGUUUCUAUUAAUUUAGCACUAAUUUACUGUAAAUACAAUGUGAGAUAUUCAAUUUUGUUAAUAUCUCCUCGAUGUUGAUUUCUUUGCUACAGAUCCUACUCAUGUGAUUGGACUUUUUCCGGAUCUCCUUCCAAGUGAAUUUCGUAAACAACUUGAAUACCCAGCACCUCCCCCACCACUAACACCGGGGGAACUAGAGAAAGGCUGUCUCGCACUUGUGGAGUAUCUCACUCAGGUGAGAACUUGGUAAAUAAGAGACAAAGUCAGUUCUUGAGGAUACUCUUUUACUAAUAAUUUUUAUUACAUUAACCCGUUACAUCUCAAAAUUGACCAAGAUCAAUAUUAACUUUCUCCUAACAAUACAGUACACGAUCAAGAGAAAAGGUUAGGAGAAUGAAUAAAAUGGUUGACCAGAGAGAAAAUGCUUUGAUUGUUUAUCAAAUUCUUAAUGUGUGAAGAUCAGUGCAGGGAAUUUGUAUGUGGAUAUUGGGGCAUAAAGGGUUAAGGUAAAUUAAAUACCAGUAGUUGUAACACUAGCACUCACAUUGUUAUUAUCUUUACCUCAUAUGCUUUAAUAUGCUUUAAUCUCAUAGACUUUCUCAUAGACUUUUCUCAUAAGACUCAGAUCAUCCCAUACUUAAAGUAAGAUGGUCAUGAUUUAGUGCUUACGAUAACCAGCCACCAUCCUGGUUUCAAAUAAUUUAUAUUGUGUAGUUCCAGAAAAUAUCCAGACCCCCACCACGGAGGGAAUUUCACUUAGGACCCCCCCACCUCCCUGGAUUUUCCAUUUUUGCAGGGAACUGAUGACCCCCCACCCCUUCGGAAUUUCCACAAAUGUGACAAAGACCCCCCAACCCCUCUGGAAAAGUUCAUUUUCACGAAGAAAGACUAUUAAAGUAGAAGAAUGAGGCAACUUAUGGUUAGUAUCCAACUGUUUCCAUCAGAAGCUUGUAUGCUUCUGUAUCCAUUUAUUUGAGUGAUCUCGCAACAUUAAAACACACUACACCACCACAAAGUACUGAUCUGUAAUUUUUGCUCAUCUCUUACUGUAAAUGAAACAGAGAAAGUUAACAAGUCGGUUAUAUUUGUGAAUUCACCUUAAUCAGGGCAAGCUUCGAUUUGUUAUUCGUCUCAUGGGCGUAAUGUUGAUAGAAUUAACGCCAUUUCGUGCGGGAAUGCAGAACAAGUCAAACUUACGACCACAAAAUUAAUGCAAAACAAAGAGGAGAAUAAAAACUCUGAAUUCUGAAAUGAUAACAAUGAAUACCCCCUGCAUCUUGAAGAUACUUGAAGGGAAACCAAGUUCAAUUUACUGUUUUUCGAUCGACUGAUUCGACGUGAUGCGCGAUCGCCGUAAUAAAUGUUUGGUGAAAUCGACACCAUUUCAGCGAGAAUUCGAUCAAGAACAUGCCACACGUUCAACCACAAAAUUAAGAGAAAAUGAAAAGGAGAAUAAAAAAUCUUCAUUCUAAAAUGGUUACAAUGUAUAGCUUGUGCUUCGUGAGGCAGAAUUGCCACUCUUCUGAUCUAUCGAUCGACUCACGCAACGUGUUGUGUUGCGUGAUGUGUUGCAUGCGUUGAUGUUUUGGGGAAGACUGGUAACGAGUAAUGGCGGCCGAAUAUACGAGCAUGCGAUAAAACGAGUUGUAGUCGGUCUAAUUCCUUUGAAAUUACGCCCAAAACGCUUUUGGAAGAAAGGAAACCUGGUUAAGUUUAAAAGGAACAAUCUUAAGUGAUAUAUUUCAAGUUAUUUAUGUCCUAAAAAUGAUCUACCAGGUCGGUAAGAAGCAAUGUUCGAUCUCAGGUCGAAAACAAAAUGAUAUUGCCCCCCUGGAAAGUGAUUUUAUGGUCCAACCCCUCUCCCUUCUGGAAUUUCCUGGGCCUCUGACCCCCCCACCCCCCUGGAAUUUCCAAUUCCCUCCGUGGUGGGGGUCUGGAUAUUUUCUGGAACCACACAUUGAGGGAUGUAUAGCAUUAGGUAGUCUGCUACACAUUUAUUUUUAGUGUUGUCACGCAACACUCUCUGCAGCAGACUAAGCAUUAGUGAGAAUGAUGGAAAAAAUAAUUGAUAGGUAGACUGCAGUAUCAUUUUGCUUCUUGUUGAGUUCAGUGGGUGUGGCCAAAUUCUUUUGCCUUCAGUAGUUACCCGGUAAGACGGUUAAUCUUCUGUCAGAUGUAGGAGAGUAUGAUAGCAUUAACAACUUCAUUACUGUACAGUUGCAAGAUUUAUUAAAAAAAGACGAAGCACAGUUUAAUGAUGCUUAUAGAAAUAGCCACAACGAUAAUGGGUCUGUCAAGUUAACUUGUAACCCAAAGAAUACCUCUGUUGAUGUAGCCAUGAAAGCCCAGGGGUGUACUCCCUUAUAUGGACUAUGCGGGGAUUUGCCUGCGUGCAGACGUCUCCUAUUUCCUUUGUUCCGCGUGCAACAAAGGAAAUAGGAGACGUCUGCGCGCAGGCAAUGCGGGGAUGUGCUGCUGGACAGGGGUAUGGUCUUUGUCUUUGUCCUAAAACAGGGUAUAUAAUUUGGCAUGAGUUUGCCCUAAACAGGGUAAAAUUUUGUGUGUCUGUCCUGAUUAUACACAGGGUAUUUGAACAAUGAUCAAUUUGAUUUGCUUAAUGGAAUUUGUUUCUACUUGAAGUAUACAAAAGCAAUGACUAUAAUGUGAAUUUGCUCCAUUUCAAUUGCCAAUAAAUGGCUUUAAAACAAGACUGCGUGCAUUUUGUUCUACGUCCUAAACAGUAAGAUAGAAUUGAGGGUGUUGUCCCAAACAGGGCGUAUAUUAAUUUUUAGGAUUUUUUGUCCUAAACAGGGUCAGGGUUUUAAACUUCUUGGCAGCUCACCUAUACCCAAAUAUCGGUCUAGUACCCACCCCCCCCCCCCGCGCCACCGCCCCAGGGGGCAUGAAAGGCACAAUACACGAGAGAAAUUUUGAUACUUGUAUUGUAGUGAUAAAAUUCUCCUAAAUGAUAUAAUUCCCACAGACUAUUCAAGUGUUUUGUAACUUUCUCCUCAGAAAAGAAAUGAUCUGAUAAAAAGACUUGACAAGGCUGAAAGUUUGAUGAAAGGAAGAAGCAAAGAUACCGCCGAGAAAAGUAGUGAAGGUAAUAAAAAAAAUUAUUGCUGGGCUAGUAACUUAUCAGAUCCACAAAAUAACAUUAUUUCUUGCAAUUUUUAAACUGGAAAUUUAUUUCUUUAUGUUGAUUUCUUCGUAUUGCAUUAAGGAUCCUUAUUGUGCAUGAUUUCACAUGAGAUUACCGUACAUACAUUAUUUAAAAAUUGCAGUUUUUGCAUUAAUGCUGGAGCUUUCCAGCAUUGGAGGAUCCAGGGAAGCCCCCCCCCCCUUUAUUUUUAGACCAAACUGAGGCCUGAAGGGCCCAAAAAGUUUUUUGGCGAACACUUUUUGUCACUCCUUUCACACAUAACAUUUCCUGGUAUAUUUUCUUCUUUUACUGUUCCUAUUUACUAUUAGUGGUUAGAAUAUAAUUUUUGGUGUCUAGAGGCCUAGUAAACUAAUGUUAUCUAGUUGGCCCCUAGUUCCUAUGAAUAUUUACAUACACAGUAAUUAAAUUCACUACACUAAUUUAAUCAACAAUAAGGUAAAUUCUUGUAAGUAGUAGAUCUAGAAUAAGUACGCACAAAACUAAAUAAACUAAAGGAGAGGAAGAGAAAAAAAAAAAGAAGAAAAAGGAGUGAAAGUGAGUUAAAGUCGUGGAUAAUAGAUAACAAUAACCAAGCAUAUAGUUUAUAAAGCCUUAAAGAAAUAUAUAAGUCUGUGCAAUUAUUGUGAUUACAAAAAAUGGUUUAGAAACGUUUUGCGGCCCUAAAACCUUUUUUCUUGCUUGAAUGCUUCUCAGAGGCAAAAGUAAUUUUGAACAUGAUCUUAUAGAAUCAAUGCAACUUAUAUUAAUCACAGAGGAGAAAGUGAUGAAACAUGUCAAUUCUGCCUGACUGAUAAACAUCUGUUCUGUCGUAAGAUGUAAACAGUAUCUUAAGCCUUUCUGAAACUACGAUGUAGCUGUAUCUUAUCUAUUCUUAAGAUGUAUGUUUGUUGCUUCUGUAGACUGUCAUGUGGUUAUUUUAGUUUCAUUUUAUCUUCAGCUGAUAUAAAAGCUCAGAAGAACAUCAUGCACAGAAGGCAAAUUAUUGACACUACACUUCUAAAAUGCUACCUUCAGGUUAGUGAAAGGAACGCAAGAGGCUUAAAACUUUCCAUUUCUUGUUGCUUUCAAAAAUCUUCCUUCCUUCCUAAUCAUCCCUUCAUCUUCUUUACUCCUCAUGCCUGGUCUUCGCAAAAUAUCACCUCGCAAUGGUCUUUUUACCAAUUAUCUUAUCUUAUUUCCUGCAUGGCCCUAAACAUUUUUACCGCCUUUUCCUCUCGGUAGUUUCCCCCAUGCUGCCCAACAAUUAAGGUGGCUCCGUAAUUAAUACUAGAGCAUUUUGCUGUGACAAAUUUUCCGUCAUAACUUUUUGGUUCUUCACGCGAUGGCUGCGAAACUUUGCAAAGAACAACAUAUAUCAUUCGACAAUAAUACGAAAUAUUCCGAUUUCAUUGAUGGUAAAUAUUUCUUGACAAAUUAGCGUUUAAAAGGACCCUACUGUUCAAAGAAAAUCGCGUCUAGUAAAACAAUUUGCUGAUAUUUUUUACUGAAAUUUCUGGUAUCGGCUUUAAUUGAUAUAAUAAAUAUGCCACAGGAAUUUUAGAAAAAUCGUUGGAGCAGAAGUCCGUGACUAAAAGUCGCUCAAAAUUCAGCUGUGAAAUUGUUUUGGAAUUUCAAAAAUAAAUUACUAUCAGGAAGAAGGAGACACCAGUUUGAAUUUUCGGGAAAAGUAAAUUCAACGUUUGCUAAUUCUUAAAACAAAAGCCGAUUGCCUAUCGUGCUAUUCUAUAAAAGGUACUUUUUAGUUUUAGAAGCACUAUAAAUUGCUCCAAACCUUGCUCUGAAGUAGAAUUACUUGUUCUUCGACAUUUUUAAAAUAUCCCUUUGCAGUUUUGGCUCAAUCUCCUGCUGCAUACGUUUUGAUGUGUUGCAAUGCAUUUUCAACGACUUUUACUGCUGUUCGUUGCUUUCAACUCAGGAAAAAAGUAUUGAGAUUGGACGCUACCUCGUAUCAGAACACAGAUAGAACUGUCCAGCACCUUUGUUUAUGACUACAAAAUGAGCACGAGCGGCAUUUCUGCGAGGAAUUCGCACCUCACCCAGGGGGGGACGAACGACAAUGAUGACCAUGCCUGUGAACCGAAUAACAUCACAGUGCAAAAUAAAAUUAUGGCAAAAAUACUGCCCGCGAAUAAUUUACAACUCUGAAGUUUUUGUCACUUCUUCCUUCAAUGAAUGGGUAUUUUCUUCUUGAUUAUUAUGUUUUGCUCUGCAAUACAUGUUUAUACAGAUCGGUUCACAGACAUGGGCAUCAUUGUCAUUCGUCCCCCCUGGCUGAGGUGCGAAUUCCUCGCAGAGCUGCCGCUCGUGCUCAUUUUCUGUUCAUAAACAAAGGUGCUGGACAGUUCUAUCUGAGCUUCGAUACAAGGUAGCUUACAAUCCCAAUACCUUUUUCGUGAAUUGGAAACAACGUACAGCAGGAAAAGCCGUUGAGGAUGCAUUGCAAUACAUCAUAAUGUAUGUUGCAGGAGUUUGAACCAAAACUGCAAAGGGAUAUUUUAAAAAUGUCGAGGAACAAGUCAUUCGACGUCAGAGCAAGGUUUGGAGCAAUUUAUACUGCUUCUAAAACUGAAAAGUACCUUUUAAAGAAUAGCACGAUAUGCAAUCGGCUUUUGUUUUCAGAAAUAGCAAACACUCAAUUUACUUGUCCCGAAAAUUCAAACUGGUGUCUCCUUCUUCCUGAUAGUAAUUUAUUUUUCACAGCUGAAUUUUGAGCGACUUUUAGUUACAGACUUCUGCUCCAACGAUUUUUCUGAAAUUCCUGUGGCAUUUUUAUUAUAUCAAUUAAAGCCGAUACCAGAAAUUUCAAUAAAAAAUAUCAGCAAAAUUUUUUACUAGACGCGAUUUUCUUUGAACAUUAGGUUCCUUUUAAGCGCUAAUUUCUCAAGAAAUAUUUGCCAUCAAUGAAAUCGGAAUAUUCCGUAUUAUCGCCGAAUGAUAUCUGUUGUUCUUUGCAAAGUUUCGCAGCCAUCGCGUUAAAAUCGAAAAAGUUAUGACGGAAAAUUUGUCACAGCUAAAUGCUCUUGUAUUAAUUACGGAGCCACCUUAAAUGGUGCAGUCUUUUAAAUUUUGAAAUUUUCAAACUGUCUUAAGAAAUCUCUCCUUUCCGCGUUACAGGCCUCGUAUCUUGCCUCCUUCUUGUGAUUAUAUAUUUUUAAUUGCUUUCCUAUUUCUCAGAGUAAUACUACAUCUGUUUCGUUAACGAUAUAAAAUUUACUUGGGUGGCAAGCUAUGUCGCUUCCGUACAAAGUUUUAAACCUUAUCAAUGCUUAUAGCCUGUGCUCACUCAUCAUGCAUCAUGCUGCAUUGGUCCGCAAAUUGGGUUCCUUGCUAAUUGAGCAUUCUGUAUCUACACGUUUUUGUUAAGUGGUCACAUGAUUAACUAGUGCUAUAAUUAUGUGGACAUUGAACACAGUGUUUUCAUGCUGUUUUAUAUUUAUGAGUGUAGUGCAUACCGGGUCUGUAAUUUUAUUUGUUGCAUUCCAAUACCUGUAGGUUUUCAGUAGGCUAUGUUGAUUGUUUUGCUGCAGACAAAUGAUGCUCUUGUUGCUCCGCUACUGAGACUGAAGGAAAACUACUGUCAUGUUGAAGAGUGUGAAAGAGUUCUAAUGAAAAGCAAAAAGUAUAAUGAAUUGGUGAUUCUUUACCAGACAAAAGGUCUUCACAAGAAAGGUAUCUUCUGACUCUGGUGUGGGGGUACUGGACUCUGCAACUAGAAUAAUGUAGAGGCUACUGAAAUAAUCACCUAAGUGAUGCUUUUGGAUUUUUUUUCAUUUCGCGUAAAUUGCUGAUUUUUUGCAAAUAGUCUUUUAUUUAAGCCAAAGAUAUUUCUCCGUUUUAUUUUUUUCAUGACUUUGUACUCCCUUUUCAAAAGAAAAAGGGUAAAAAACAAGGCGGCUUCUUUUGCAAAAAGAAAUAAAUAAAUUAUGACUCAGAGUCAGCACAUUCUUUGUAAUUCUUGAUGGAAUUUAAGUUUGGAAGUGUUGGUUUUUUAGUAGAAAAAGGUAAAGCCGCACACGAGCCAAAGGCCCAAACGGCCGGAUGUUAUCCUAGUUCCUUAGCAUGAAGCAUGCCUAUUAGUGUUGCUACUCCUUCUGAACGGGAUACUAGUCCAUCGCUGGGUUACCCCCAGCAAUAGGUCGCCAGUACCCAUUUAUACACCUGGGUGAAGAGAGACAAAGUGGAGUACAAUUAAUUGUCUAAGAAAACAAGGAGACGGGCGAGGCUUCAACCCCGGACUUCCGGAGUUCGUAGUGUUAUCCGCUCGGCCACAGACGCCUCCUUUUUGAGGGGAGGGUUUAACUGGAGUACCCACAGUAAAGCCUGUCAGAACAAGGGCGAGAAUCAAACAACAAACACAACUCACAUAUGGUGCGGCUUCUGGGAAUUGAACCUGGGCUGGCCACAUGAGUGAUGGGAGCGGACAUGCGCAAUCACCACUGCACCAUUCUUGCUCGCCAUCAUUAUCACAGUGUUGUUGGCCAUGAGGCAAGGGUAGGGAUAUAUAUAAUUUUUUAUUAUAAUUAUUUUGUUUCUCAGCAUCGUUCUACAUAACUGGUGUUUUAUGUUUUAGCACUGGAUCUUUUGUUAAGGCAAGCUCAAAAAUCCAGCAGUCAGCUCAGAGGUCAUCAGAGAACAGUUCAAUAUCUUCAGCAUUUAGGUAAUACAAAACAAGAAAUUCCGUGCUAUUCAUUUCCCUGCCGACUAAUGCAGGGUUUUCAUUAAGAAUUCUGGUAGCAGCUGGGAGAAAGUAAACAGGCUCCACGUCUUAAUAAAUAGUAGUCAUUAUCUCAUAGGCUAUCGAACGCGAGCUGGAGAAUUCUUUGUAGUAAACGGAGAAGUCUCUGAUCUCCGAUGCCUAAUAAACGCUCUGACUAAUGACAUUAUACCAAGCAACUUGAAAUCAAAGUGAAAACAUAAUAAUUAAAAAAACACUCACACACUAUAUUUGAUUGUCAAUAUAUUCAUAAGUUAGCACUAAACUAAGUAAAGUAUCAUUUGAGGACACUGUAACCAAGUGUUCUACUGGAGACGGGACCGCGAUUUUACGUCGUCAUCCGAACCAUGCGAAGGUCUAGCUGUUUGCAGGGCAAAGGCAAUACCUUCAUUUCCGAGUUAUUUGACCCUGAAUCCCCUGAAUGUUGGUCCGGCCACGGGGAACAAACGCGUGACCUCCCGCUCUGCAGUCAAGUGCGGUAGCGACUGAUUUAGUUUGGCCUUGGUGACAGCCCUGGUAAUUCAAUGAUUCAUUGCCAACUGGUGUUUUCUUUUGUUGUUAUUUCUUUCAGGUCAUGAACAUUUAAAACUUAUUUUUGAUUUUUCCGUGUGGGUAUUGAAAGCUCAUCCUGAUGAUGGUUUGAAGGUAAGGGUUGAUUUGAGCAUGUUUUCUUGUUUUCAAUGGCAAACUUGGACAAUCCAGAGCAACAGACAUACACACACCCCUCCCAAACACACACACAUCCCAACAGGGACUGACUAGUAACAUCUUACAUAACUUCUUAAUUGUUUUAAACAUCCAAAGAACAGUAUUUGAAGGAACUGUAAUUCAAGAAUGAACAUAUUGUCAUCAGAAAAUGUUUGCAACAUUUGGGUUAUACAAUCAAACCCCGUUACUACGGACACUGAGGGGGCCAUAGAAAUUGUCCGUGUAAAGCGGGCAGUUUAGUAGUGGAAGGAAAUAUUAAAGUAACCCUUGAAUCUCGUGUUGUGUCUGUCAGAUAUUUACAGAGGAUUUACCAGAAGUAGAAGGACUUCCUCGGGACAAAGUGCUGGCUCACAUAGAACAGAAUGCUAAACAAUUGACCAUUAGAUACUUGGUAGGUAGUCUUACUUCCUAGGAGCUACAAUCAAAUCCCAUAUAGACAACAGGACAUUAGCGUCGUCAAAUUAAACCUCCUUACAGGGCUGCAAAUAUUUUUUUCUCUUGAAAGGACAACUGUCCUCGUAGGACACCAUCUUGGUCGGAUAAAACAAAAUUUUGGUCGGACAUCACCAAAAAAAGGUUGAACUUUAUAUCGGUUAAAACAGAGGCGAGACAUACUAAGUCAAUGGUGUUUCGGGACUUUGAGAUCAUCCUAACACAAAGUAAGAUUUACUCAAGGUAGAUAUUUAUUCUUCCUUACCUUUAAAAUUAUUUACGAUAAAAAAAUUUUCACACAGGUGGGAUUUUGUCGGACACUAGCAAAUUUGGUCGGUCAAUGUCCGAUGACCGACUUUUAUUUGCAGCCCUGUUUUGUCAUAAAGCCACCCGAGUCCACGUACUGUGUCCUCGGAAGCACUCAAAAGUCGCUCAUUUUUACAUUUCGUAUUCAAAAACAGUUUUCUGCUUAACUUGUUUGAUGCCAGAAUAGUCUAAAAUUCAUCCAGUCGUUUGUACUGUUACGCGGAGGGAAAUCGACUUGCAGUCAUCCGAAGGUUUUCUUAACUUUCAAAAAAGAAAGGCUCAUUACAGCACACAAAUAACAAUGAAGUGUCUGCGUUAGCGAGGUUGGCGUCCUUUGAGAAUCUGUUGAUUGGCCAAGACGUCUGCAUUAACGGAUACCCGUAUUAAGCGGGGUUAAUUUUAUAGAAAAUGAAAGAGACUCUCCUCAGGGACAGACAAAACUGUCCGUGACAAUGAGGUGUCCGUAUUAAGUGGGUGCCUGUUACGCUGGGUUUGACUGUAGUGCACCAUUAAAACUGGUCUUAGCAACACUGUGACAUCGAUAAACCGGAAAAAAAACUCAGUAUGCAGUCCAUGUUUGUAAUAAAUAAAAGUGCAAAAUGCUCUCAGCAAUAAAAAAGAAAGCCUGCUUGAACAAAGUCAGUUAUUUUUGUUUUCCUUCGUCCUUGUUAUAAUGGAGAUAAUAUAAAGGAAAAUGUACUGAAAGAUUAACAGCUGCUGAAAGUCAAUAUUAUCCUUAGUUCAACUUUUUCUGUUCUGUGUAUGUCGAUGAAUCUUGAUAAAUGUGAAAAAAAAAGGAAGAUGGUAAACCAAGGACCAAAUUGAAUCACGCUUUAAUAGCCUUUUAUCUUUUUCAAUGGAUUUAGGAACAUAUAAUUUUCAUCUGGAAUGAAUCAAAGCCUGAAUUUCACAACAAGCUUAUCAACUGUUACCGUGAAAGGGUGCAAGUUCUGAUGAGGGAGUAUUUAGAUUCAUUACCUGAAGGUUUGUAUUACUGUAUUAAUAGAGAGCUUUAGAUUUGAGGACGAGAACAAGUACGAGUACGAGAGUCAACUUAAAGUUUUUGCGCGUGUUCUAAAAAAAAGACAGUCCGGAAAGCUUCAUUUUACUUUUCUGCACCAAAAAAGUUAGUAGAGUUAUUUAUACUGAAGGAGGUUAAGCCCUCUCCCGAUAGCAAAAUGAUAAAACAUCUCACAUUUGAUAACUUGUUCCCGCCACUACGACAUUCUCGCUAAAACCCGUUGUAGAAUGAUGACGGCGAUCACGUUUUCCCGCCAAAAAGGUUCGGGCUCACGCGCCUGCACUACUUAGUAUUGAGAAAAUCUCGUAGUCGUCCUUGUCCUCGUCCUCGAAUCUUCAACACAAAGAUUUUUAUGUUUGGAGGGCGUUGACGUGUACCACGUAACCAUAGUACAGAGGAGACUGAGGUAGAACCAAUAUAGAUUGAAAACCUAUACGUUUUUGCCUAAGAACCGGCAAGGUUAAUACCAGAACGGGUAGACCGUGGAUUCCAAGUCCUGAAUGACAAGUGACUUACACAUGGUUUGGCCACCGAGUACAAACGUGAAAUUUCCGAAUAUAUCAAAGGGCGUACUUCAUUUGCAUAAUUUUACACGAAAUUGUUUUUGACUGAGGAGACAGCGUCAGAUUUCUUUUGAGGAAAGUGUGCUUUCGUUACUUAGUCAAUCUGAGCUAUAUCAGUUAAUGUUUUGCUCCAAAGUCAGCAAUCACCUGCCCUCUAAAUUUCCGCACCAUUCAGGAAUAUGUUUAAAGGUUUGUCGAUCCUGUACCAAGUCACCGGUCAAGAAAGUAGAAGGGUGUUUAAUACUUGAUGGGGUUAUUAAAUGUUCCGUGAAGUGAAACUUCCUUAAUACGGACACUAAAGGAACAGUGCCAAAUGUCCGCAUUACAGAAGUGUCCUAAUUAUAGUUCAUGAAUUAGUGUGAUGUUCGGGACCCAAGUGAACUGUCUGUAAGCAUAAGAGGAGGUUCCAGUGUGUACACAAACAAAUGCCAAGUUUGUGGAAACUUCCUCCCGUAACCUAACGUUGCCACUAACUUCUCGCUAAUAGCAAACUGUUGCGUUAGGGGAGGGGUAGGUGGGAAGGUACCCGGAACCUUAAUCAGAAUCUCAAGUUUGUUUCUUGGCGUAAAUAAGAGUUUUGGAAAUGAAGAAAUGAUCGUCAUAGUGAAGGCAAUUUAUGCAAUUGCGUGGAGAAGCGUGAAAAAAAUUCAGGACUUCAACGGGGUUGAACCCGUGACCUCGCGAUACCGGUGCGAUGCUCUACCAACUGAGCUAUGAAGCCACUGACGUUGGGAGCAGGUCAAUUGUGGGUUCAUAUGUUCCCGUGAAAGUCACGGGUUUAAACCCCGUUGAAGUCCAGAAUUUUUUUUUUCUUUCAGGCUUCUUUACUCAAUUGCAUAAAUUGCGUUCACUGCGACGAUCAUUUCUUCAUUUCCAUUUCAUUUCCGCAGUUGAUAUAUGAUUUAUUUCAUAUAUCAUUAACAAUAAGAGUUUUACUUGUUUUCAGGUGACGAGCCGUUCCCUCCUGGCAGUGAACCAGGUGAACUGGGUGAAUUAAGAGGAAGACUUCUUUUCCUCCUGGAAACAUCAAAACACUACCAAGCUCAGCAUCUACUUACACACUUCCCUGAGAGUAGGUUAACUAUUUCGUUGAUCAGUGUUACCAGUUUGAUAACAGAGUCCGGAAUCAGGCCGGGCGUUGUUGUAAAAUUCUCUUUGUCAAAAUGUUGUUUAUCGUGGUUAAUGUGUAUAAAGGGUUUUGUUUAUUGUUUGUCUCACGAUUGUCACCAAGAUAAUGAUCGCGACGUUUUGACCGCGUACUGUAGGUCGGCAGGUGAUAUUGUUCGAUUUAGUGAGUAGGGCUGUUUCUACCACCGUGGUUGCCAGUGAUUGGUGUAUAACGAAGCUCGCUCAUCCUCUUUGUUCUUAAGGAUUUUUUGGGUUGGUGUCACGGUUGGAGAUAGCCUUGUGAGAACAGGAAACACAAGGAUAACACGACUCGAGAGGUUUCUUGGGGACACAAAAAUCGGUUUCAGAACUGCGCACUUAAAGGAGCUGUGUCACAAAUUUAGCCAAAUUAGGAAAUUACAAAGUGCCCGUUAAAUUAAGAGAAACAUAAAAAUAACCGCUUAAAACUUUAAAGGAAGGUUAAAUUAACUUAACAGAAACAACAGAUGCCACGCAUGGGCAAAACUGAAGGAGACUGAAACGGAUUGAAAUUAGGUUUUUGAAAACUGUUCAGCCCAACAGUUUUUCAAAGUUGAUCCCUACUGCUUGCAACUUCAAAAAUAAUGCUCAGGAGACAUAUUUGUUUGUCUCGGAUCUCUGAUUUUGUCAUUUACCUGUAAUUUCUUUGCUUACUUUAACUUCCAUAUUGAUUGAGGGCGAGUAAUUGGCAAAAUUAAACAAAAUGAACUGGACUGCCGUGACACAGCCCCUUUAAUCUUAAAUCUUAAAUUGCCUUAUCUGGUCUUAGACGGCUUACAGCCUCUCCCUUCUCUGUUUGAGAGGAGGAGGUGGCUGUACACAGGCUGUCCGGUCUUAGACAUCGAGUCUUGUGAAGUGACUAUGACUAUGGAUGAAAUUCUUUAUCAUUAAAUGUAUAUCUAUUCUUGUACUGUUUACUAUGAUGUGGAAGAAACUUCUCAUUUUUUUUUUGCAAAAGAGUAGUAUUUUCCUUAUGGAUAAUUGUGUGCUUGAGUGAUACUUUUGCAACGGUUUGCGAGGUGAUCUUCACUUAAAUUAAGAGAACCGGUGACCACUCAGUUGUAUAUUUAGUUUUCUCUACAUGCAUUUGAGAAAUGACAUAACCAAGGCUAGAAAGAAACAGUAUUGUCCCAUUUUGUGUUGAAGGAUUUCGUGUUAUGGACUCUAGUAUUUUCUUGCAGCCUUCUAUCAUGAACGAGCACUUCUCCUGGGUCGAGUAGGAAGACACGAGGAAGCAUUAGCCAUUUAUAUUCACGUUUUACACGAUGCUAAGCUAGCAGAAGAGUAAGUAUUCUACUAGAUGCAACGACAGUGUGUACCGUUAGGACAUUUUGACCUGUUCAUUGUGGAAUAAGAAUACAGAGAAGAAAUAGGAGUAAUUCAGACCUAUUCUACUGAAGCCAGUAUGCAAGUGAAAUAAAUAUUUUUUUAUUUCUGAAAGUAACAGUGUUAUUUCUUAUUCCAGAUACUGUCAUCGAAACUAUAAUGAAGGCAAAGAAGGAAGUAAAGAUGUAAGUGAUUUGUGAUCACUUGAUACUUGUAAAACUUUUGUUAGUAAAUAUUUGUUAUUCCUGCAAAAGCUAAAACCCCCUUAACGUCUUCCCGCUUAAUUAGUGACCAAAAAGAAAUUUCACAACAUUUUCAUCAUAUUUUAUUAUAAAAUAAAACAGCAGUAUGAAGAACUACUACCAAAGAGAUCACAUUUCAUUCGUUCCACGAUUAGAUUUACACUGAAGGUUCAAAAGUCAAAACUAUUUCUUCUCAUUAUAACUCAUAUAUAGUUCAUGGAAAGUUCGGGCGUACGGUAUUUACGCGUGGGUUUUGUGUAAACGCGUUACGAAGCAUUUUCCAUAUGGUAUUGUGUUUAGUACAUACAUACUGAGACAUGUAUCAUUUUUCCAUCCUUUUAUUUCAUGUCUUUCCGAAAUCCUAAAAUGCCAAAAUACGCCGCUACACACUACGAAAUGACAAAGAAAACGAAGAACAUUGUACGUAAUGUACAAUUGAAGUGAAUGAAUUUGAGUAAAAUAAGACAAGACAAAAAUAUCUCCGAUAAAAAGUGCAACUUAAGCUUACGUCUCGUUCUGUUUUGUUCCCCUUCCGCGGUUUUUUUGAUCGGCCCUCUACAGUUGUCUUUAUCGACAGUGAAACGUACGAAACUGUACCGCUCCAAUGUCCGAGAUGUUUUCAAUUUUCUACAAGAAAAACUCCACUUUAUGGUCUUUUCUCGAUGAAUAUCUGUAGAGCAACUCGCAAAGCGAGGGUGCUUCAAGCUGCACGAACCGUGAAAGGUGGGAAUUCUGAUUGGACGUAUCAUUUUUCUCAAACUUGAAAAAACAUCGUUCGCGUGUGGUCAAUUUAAUAAAACUUUUACGGGUGUCAUCCAUAAGUGUAGCUAUUGUUUUCAGACUUUAGGACAAUGACUUCACUUGUAAAUUGCACUUGUAAAAGUUUUAUCAAAUUGAUCUCUGAUUGGUAGGUGUACGUGUCACUACUGCGCAUGUACUUGGAGCCUCCUAAGAUCAACAGCAAGGAAGUAAAACCGAGCAUUACAGUGGCGCUCAAUGUGCUUCAAGAACAUCACCAGAAGAUUUCAACUGCUAAGGUAUGUGACGAAUGAUGCUAUUAGGGACUUAAAGAUUCAACAACGAGGACGGCAACGAGAACGUCGCUUAAAAAGUGAAUGUGCGUUCCUUCAGUCUUUAUAGCGAUUAUUCCUGCGCACUUACUUUGUCAAAUGUAGGCGAACCCUUCAGAAGCUGAAUUUCAAGGGACCAUAGCCAAGCUCAAAUAGAGAAAUAAAAUUUCGUCGUUGCUUGUUUAAGUCCUCCAUAAACCGCAAAAUUUGGCAUUUUCACGUCGUAGUCAUGCAAAAACAGGAAAGAAAUGUACAAAAAAGCGUGAUGCAUGUGCGAAGUUGUUGUUUUGCUUAUUAAACCAAUUGUUAAGUUUUUUUACGUUCUCGUUGCCGUCCGCGUCGUUGGAUCGUAAACUCCGUAUUGUUGCUGUAAACAAGUUCUCCAUUUGGAGAUGUUGUGAGAAGUCACGCGCGAGCGACACGCGAAAGAAGACGCGUUUUUGCCGCUCGUUCGCGCGUUGUCUCGCGGCCUACUUCGCUAGUCACUAAUAAUGAGAGCUUGCCCGCAGGCUAAUGCUAUAAGUGACUGGGGCCGACUGUGGUCCCAACCGAUGUCCUACGAAGUUGUGCAGUUAUACGAGAACUUUUUGGGUGGUCGUGGUAUGAUUUACUGAAACCCUAUGGGCGAAUCUUUGCUGACGUCAUUGUUUACAUUUUUCCUCAUUAGCAUACGACUUAACUCAUAGAAGCCGUGGCUCUAUAUAUGAACUAAAGGCAAAAGUUGAAAGAGCUGAUUAAGUUGAGCAAUUUAUGCAAUUUUCAGCUCUUUGCAAGCAACAUUGAAGGAAAUAUCAGCCAUCAAAAACUGCGAAAUUGCUGUGUGGCAAAAAAAUUAAUGAGCCAUACAUUCUCUGUAAAAUUUCGAGUUUUUAGAAGAGGAUUUCUCCGAAACCAUUCGGUGUAUUGGGCUCAAAUUUUUACAGAUAACUUAAACUGUUAUGUCCUUCCAAUAUUCAGAGUUUUAUUUUAUUAGCGUCAUUAGAUAGUGAUAAGCAUAUGUUAAUGAGGCAAAAAGUGUAAACAAACAUUCGCCCAUAUGAACAACAAUGCAAUGGGCAUGUUUUUAGAAACUAUCUUUAGCUCUGUUGCGCCUCUUCAAUCCAUAGAACUUAGACGGGGUUGCCGCUGUGAGAAGUGAGAAUAGACGCCAAGUCAAAAGGCUAGUUUCCCAGCGGAUUCUUCUCACACCAUAUGCGCUUUAGCCUCUGCAGGAGAUUGACUGCCCUAGCCUGUACACGUAUACCACGGCGCUACAAUUUUUAGUUGGCUCUCUGGAUAAAAAAAAAUUGCGAGGCCAUGUCCCGCUACUUGCUAUAUUUUUAACAAACUAAAGCAUGUCUUCGCGUGGAUUGAAUUCCAAAAUUAAUGGUCGAGUUUUGUUAUUUAAGACUAUGUUCAGGCAUUAUAACUGUUUUCCGUCGUCUGUUGCUUCGGAUGGCAAGGAUGGACAUGGAUUAAAACUUGAAAAAAUUAUAAGGUUUAAUGCUAUGCUUUCAAAAGUCGGCAAAAGCCUCUUUCCGUUUCUGCUUUUGGAUGAAAUUAGUUUGAUAUCUUCUUCUUCAUACCUGAAAAAAGAGCAUUUUGUGUCUGGGUAAAGGCGCAAAGUAUCGACGUUAGCACAGAGUUGACUUCAAACAGCAAUAUCCUUGUAGCUUAGACCUUAAAUGACUCACCUUUAGAGUGUUUUUUUGUUUUUUUUGUGUGUCUACAGGCGCUUGAGUUACUUCCCUCUUCCACUGAGGUGCGAGAAGUGUAUACAUUUUUGUCGAGUGUUUUGGAGGAUAAGGAGAAGAAACGCAAAAAUUGUCAAGUACUGAAAAGUCUUUUGUUUGCAGAACAUUUACAGGUAAAUAUGCUUGCUUUAUGUGGCCUCCCAGGAGAGACUGACAGAUAAAACCGCGGUAGCUCAGUCGGUAGAACGCUUGACUGCGCCGCGAGAGGUCGUGGGUUCGAUUCCCGGAGCCGGACCAAUACUCAGGGUCGUACGGCCUUAGAAAUGAAGGUACUUCCUUCGUUCUUCAAACGGCGAGGCCUUCGCGUGGCUCGGAUAACUCCAUAAAAUGGCGGUCCCGUCUCCAGUACGAGACGUAAAAAUUGUGUCCUCAAUUAGUACGUUUUGCUAAAUUCAUUGACACUCAGCAUUAUAAAGUGCAUGUGUAUUUAGUUUUUGAGCUUUGUCUGGAAAGUCCCUGUAAUUACCGGACCCGCCCGUCCAGCUGUUUUAUGUUUUACUUGAUUUGGUCAAAUGGGAUAUUGUAUCAACUAUUUGAUGAGACGUACCAGUGAAAGUCCUAGAAUGUAUAUACCCUGGGUAGUCUGCCUUUUUGCACAAGUUUGUUGAGAAAGUAGGAAAGAGAAACGCUCGCUACACGGGCUACAAUGAACUUAAGUCGGAUGCCAUUUGUCCGGAUGGAAUAUUUGAUGGGCUUGCAAAGCGAGGGGCUGCUAAAGUGCCUUAGCCUAGUCCCAUCCGGCCCCAUGGUAAUUACAAAUUUGCAUAUGUCCUUAUGAUCUGUUUAUAUGUAUCUUAAGCUAAGUCUGUGUAAGAAACGUAGCGGAAAUAGAGGUUCUUACGCAGUCCAACUUUUUGUCAGGUUCAACAACAGCGCAUGUACCAUCAGGCUCGUAAAAUCCUGUUAACAGAUGAAAGAGCGUGCCAAGUCUGCCAUAAAAAAAUUGGAAACAGGUAAGUUAUCCAAUAUUACUUGUCCUUGUCUGUUAUCGCAGCUUAAGUGCCGAGAAUUUUAGGGACCUUAUGCUAAGGGCCGACGAUUUGAAUAGUGAGGUGGACUGAGUCGGGUGAUUUUUCAGGGAAAAAUCCUCGUAUCGUGAUAGUCCCAUAUUUACACACAAAAAAGUAGAAAAGUAGGCCGUGGAAAAAAAAUUGCCCAAACCAAGUUUUUUCCUCCUCUAAUAUAUGUGGUUCCAAAGCUUUUGAGAACAUAGGGAUGCCCAUGGAGUAACUUCCAACACAUCUCGGCCCCAGGCUACAACUGAGUAGAAAAAAUAUUAGUUAAUGUUGCAAUUUUAUGUCGUGCUUCCGGUUUUUAAGUUCACUUACAACCUGCUCCGCGGCAACCGGACGUAAUUUGCGUUCCUCUGCGUUUUGGGGCGUCUAGAACACUAAAAAGUGGCUUCAGGUUGCUUUUUACCCUGUGCAAGGUUAUGUUUAUAGUGCUUAGAGUUACGUAAAACAAUGUUUGCUGUUUGAACUGAUUUUUGAAGAAAUUUCCGUUGUUUAAUAACGUUUAUUUUUGAUUUUCCUAAGCGCAUUUGCUUAUUACCCGUCUGGAGAAAUACUUCAUUACUACUGCUGCAAAAACCUGACCUCCCCCCCUGGUAGUGCGCACACCACACCGAGGCACAGCCCAACACCUGAGGAUAAUAUGCUACCAAGAUUCUGAUCACGUGACGCUUAGUAUAGGAAUUCAAUCACACACUUGUAUUGUGACACAGCAACCUCGCGUCGAGAAGAAAAUUUUUCUUAACAUUUGAACUGCUAAGGAAAAACCAAUGUAUGAUGCAAAGGAAGUUUGGGAAGAAGAACUUGCAGUAAUUCCAAGUCAAUAGUAGACUCAGUGCUGCCAGCACUCAGUCUACUUUUGGCAGAUGGUUUUGUGGUGCGCUUGUUCGAAAGGUCAAGGUCACGCGAAGGUCACUUCGUGAUCGCUUGUGCUGCGAGACUGUACGUUUCAAAAGUGCCUGUUCCCUAGAUUUAUUACGAGACAAUUUCCAAUUUAGUUAGGAAGAAAAAGCAUUUAUAAUAGAAAUAUAGUCACCUGGGGAUCAGAUAUUAUGAUAGGAUGAUAAUCAAAAACUUACUUAAUUUA